AUGAGGGGCCCGUCGCCAUGGAUCGCAGGGCUCGUUGCUAGCAGCGGUGUCGCCAGCGCUGCCGUGGUGUCACCCCCAGGGGGCCACGCAUUCUACAACGACUAUGGCUACGAAAAGGAGGCAUACGGCAUGCACCCCUACCAGGCCCACCGGACGCUUUCGCACGACGUCCCCAAGUUCAACAUACUCCAGUCGAACGCCGAGUGUGCGACAUCCAUGUACACAUUCCUCGCGCCUCGUGGCAAGCAGAUGCUCACGCCACAAGCGACCAUCUUUGACAGCGACGGCCGGCUGGUGUGGACCUCGGGGUACGAACGCCAGCAGCUCUACGACCUCAAGGUUCAGACCUACAAGGACGAAAAGUAUCUGACCUUCUGGUCGGGCGACGACACGGUCGGCGGUCAUGGCGCUGGCACAAUACAUAUGUUCGACAAGAAUUACAAGGAGUUCAAAAAGAUCCGAGCUGCCAAUGGCAAGGAUGCCGACUUGCACGACUUUGUAAUAACGCCAGAAGGGACCGCCCUCAUCACGAUAUACGCGAGACGAGAUGUCGACUUGAGCCCCGUGGGUAAGACCUUUUCGGGCCCAGUAUGGGAUUGUUACAUCCAAGAGAUCGAUAUCGAGACGGGCGCGGCGAUAUUCGAGUGGAGUGCCCUCGACCACCUCAAGAUAUCCUCGGCAAUGAACGAGAUCGGCACGGAUGGCGAGAACGAUGUGCCUUGGGACUGGUUCCACAUCAAUAGCAUUGACAAGGACAACAGGGGCAACUACCUCGUCUCGAGCCGCUUCCUGCAGGCGCUUGUGUACAUUGAUGGGGGCAACGGCGACGUCCUGUGGAUCAUGGGCGGCAAGGACAACAUGUUUAUCGACCGCUCGGGAGGCAAUGCUACCAACUUUGCCUACCAGCACGAUGCGCGUUGGGCCGACGACUAUACCGCCAUCACCCUGUUCGACAAUGCGGUGGACGACAUGCACCUCGAGCGGGCCCUGACUCGUGGGCUCAAGAUUCGUGUCGACCAAACUACACUGUCGGCGGAAAUCGUGGCGGAAUACUUCAACCCCCGCAAGAUCAUUGGCAAGUCGCAAGGAUCGUACCAGACCUUGCCCAACGGCCACGUCUUGCUAGGCUAUGGCGACUCGGCAGCGUUCACCGAGUAUGCCGCAGACGGCACCGUGCUUUGCGACGUGCAUUUUGCGCCCGAGUCGCGAUAUACCUUUUCAGACGUCAUGUCGUACCGGGUGCACAAGUAUGAGUGGCACGGCUGGCCACUGACGCUACCGGUGUCGAUCCUGGACCAGAGCGAAGAUCGCGAGUGGAAGGUCUAUGUGAGCUGGAACGGCGCGACCGAGAUCAAGGAAUGGAUUCUCGAGGGUGCCAAAGACCUCACGUGGACCAACGAGACGGGUCAAAUCGUCGACACAACCGAGUGGAAGAAGCUGACGACCAAGACCAAGGUCGACUUUGAGACAGCCAUCGACCUUCAAUAUCACUACCCGGCGUGGCUGCGGGUUGUGGCCAAGGAUGCGGGCGGCAACGUGCUUGGCGUCGGAGAGUCUCUGAACGGCACGGCCUUUGGCCAGGUAAGUCUCCAUGACUGA